UUUUUUUUUUCUUUCUUUCUUUGCAGGUUUUCCGCUGGUUGUUUACAUAGCUUGUUUUUUUUUGUAUUCUCUAAUAUGAGAGAUAUACCAUUAAUAAAAUUAGCACGGCAAGCUUUUGAUGCCAACUUUUGAGAGAAAAAAACUGGUUGUUACACUUACAUUUUCUCUCUUUGUUUUCUUUUAAAUUAUGUCCUGAAUGUCACCUUCCACAACUACUUAGUCUGAAUCUGUUGUAUUUGUUCCUCAUUUCAGAAAGGAGACUAGGCCUAGGUCAAUCACAACACGCGUGGCGUGAUCACUUAUCUAAUAGGAUGGAAAAGGCAGAAACUUGGACCGUAGACUUAAGCUGCUUUUGCUAUAAAUUCAUUGAGCCUGCAUGGUUGAUUGGCAGCAACAACCACUUUGUAUCUUGAGGCAUGCAUCGCACACCAACCAAUCCUCCCCUGAUACUGAGCUUCACCAUCAUAGUAGUCACCUCGUUCUUCAGAGGUGGCGCGCUGCAGCAACCAGGCGGCGGAGCAUGCUGGCCCUCCGAGAGGGCCGCCUUGCUCUCCUUCAAGAAGGGCAUCACGAGUGAUCCUGGCAACCUCCUCUCCUCAUGGCGUGGUUGGGACUGUUGCAGCUGGAGAGGCGUCUCAUGUAGCAACCGGACCGGCCACGUCCUCAAGCUUCAUCUUGCGAAUCCAGAUCCAGACAUCGACUCCAGAACAAACCAUGCUGAGUCAUAUAUUCUGGCUGGUGAGAUAAGUCCCUCUCUGCUUUCCCUGCAGCAUCUUGAGUACCUAGACCUCAGCAUGAACUACUUGGGAGGAGGAAGAGGGGAAACAGGAAGCCCUAUGCCUCGGUUCUUGGGAUCCAUGGAAAACUUGAGAUAUCUAAACCUCUCUGGCAUACAGUUUGCUGGUAGUGUGCCUCCAGAACUUGGCAACCUUUCUAAAUUGCAGUAUCUCGACCUUAGUGCCACUGUGGACACGGUCGACGACCUCACAUUGUUUCGAAAUCUACCUAUGCUGCAAUACCUUACCCUGAGCCAAAUCGAUCUCUCGCUGAUAGUCGACUGGCCUCAAAAGAUCAAUAUGAUCCCAUCUCUAAGGGCCCUUGAUCUCUCUUACUGUCAGCUUCAAAGAGCAGACCAGUCGCUUCCGUACCUUAAUCUCACAAAACUCGAGAAGCUUAACCUUUAUGAGAACGAUUUUAACCAUACAAUCACAUCUUGCUGGUUUUGGAAAGCAACAAGCAUCAAGUUCCUCAGUCUUGGGCAGACCAGUUUAUUCGGCCAGCUCAACGACGCGUUGGAAAACAUGACAUCCCUUCAAGCCCUGGAUUUGUCACGUUGGCAGACAUCAGAAAAGGUGACGGAUCAUUACUACACAUUGCAGAUGAUAGGGAACUUGAAGAAUCUUUGUAGCUUGCAAAUCCUAGACCUCAGCUAUAGUUAUAAGAGUGGUGACAUAACCGCGUUCAUGGAGAGUUUGCCGCAGUGCGCAUGGGGUGAGUUGCAGGAGCUGCAUCUCAGUGGCAAUAGUUUCACGGGGGCCUUGCCACAUUUGAUAGGGCACUUUACCAGCUUGAGAACACUUGAGCUCGAUGGCAACAGCCUUGGUGGAAGACUCCCACCAGCGCUUGGAAACUGUACACGUCUAAGCACCCUUCACAUCAGAAGCAACCACCUCAAUGGAAGCGUACCAAUUGAGAUCGGUGUCCUUUCAAAGUUAACUUCAUUGGAUCUAAGCUACAACCAGCUCAGUGGUGUGAUCACCAAAGAACACUUCAAAGGACUAACAAGCUUAAAGGAACUAGGACUGUCCUAUAAUAAUGAUUUGAAGGUUACCGUGGAAGAUGGUUGGCUUCCUCCAUUCAGACUGGAAUACGGAGUUCUCGCAUCUUGCCAGAUUGGCCCUCGGUUUCCAGCUUGGCUUCAGCAGCAAGCGUCAAUUAUCUAUCUAGACAUUUCAAGAACAGGUGUGAAGGACAAGAUUCCUGAUUGGUUUUGGCAUACAUUCUCGGAGGCCAAAUAUCUUUACAUGUCUGGCAACGAAUUAACUGGCAAUCUGCCAGCACAUCUUGGUGACAUGGCCCUUGUACACCUCAAUCUCAGUUCAAACAAUCUCACUGGACCAGUACAGACAUUUCCAAGAAACGUUGGAAUGCUAGACUUAUCCUUCAACUCAUUUUCUGGUACACUACCAUUGUCCUUGGAAGCUCCUGUACUCAACGUCUUGCUUUUGUUCUCAAAUAAGAUCGGUGGCAGCAUUCCAGAAUCGAUGUGCAAUUUGCCGUUAUUGUCGGACCUGGAUAUCUCAAGCAAUCUUUUGGAGGGCGGAAUUCCUCGGUGCUUUGCAACCAUGCAACUAGAUUUCCUUCUACUGAGCAAUAACAGUUUGGCAGGAAGUUUUCCCACGGUUCUACGAAACAGCACGAAUCUGAAGAUGUUGGAUCUUUCAUGGAAUAAGCUCUCCGGACGGUUACCUACAUGGAUAGGAGAGCUAACAGGAUUAAGUUUCCUGCGACUUGGCCACAAUAUGUUUUCUGGGAAUAUCCCCCUUGAAAUUCUAAAUCUCAGCAGCCUCCAGUUCUUGGAUCUGUCCAGCAACAACUUGUCUGGUGCUGUACCUUGGCAUCUGGAGAAAUUAACCGGUAUGACGACACUGAUGGGCAAUCGUCAGGACAUAUCAAGUAUACCAUUGGGUUAUAUAAGGGGAAACGGCGAGAAUGAUAUCAGUAUAGACGAACAGUUCGAGGAAGUCUUCUUGGUAAUCACAAAGGGGCAGAAACUGAAAUAUAGCAAAGGGUUGGAUUACUUCGUGAGUAUUGAUCUAUCAGAAAACUCCUUAUCAGGCGAAAUUCCAAGUAACAUCACAUCUCUGGAUGCAUUAAUAAAUUUGAAUCUAUCAUCAAACCAUCUAAGAGGAAGGAUUCCUAACAAGAUUGGCGCAUUGAACGCGUUAGAAUCCCUCGAUCUAUCCGAGAACAGGCUUUCAGGCGAAAUACCACCAAGUUUGUCGAAUCUGACAUCUCUGAGCUACAUGAACUUGUCCUACAAUAAUUUGUCAGGAAGGAUACCCUCGGGGCGCCAACUUGACACCCUCAGUGCUGACAACCCUUCAAUGAUGUACAUAGGCAACACUGGACUCUGUGGGCCUCCUCUUGAAACGAAAUGUUCAGGAAACGGAAGUACCAUCAGUGGCAACGGUACAGGCUACAAGCAAGAAAAUGAACCGUUGCCUUUUUAUAUUGGUCUUGUCUUAGGUCUUGUGGUGGGCCUCUGGAUAGUAUUUUGUGCCAUGUUGUUCAAGAAGACAUGGAGGAUCGCUUAUUUCAAGCUCUUUGACCAGUUUUGUAAUACGAUACAUGUAUACGUAGUUCUAGCGUGUGCAAGCCGCUUGGCUAGGAAUACAGUUGUUGAAUAAGAAAUACUCCGUAUUUGGAAGCAACCGGCGUCCACGCCAACAUUAUCGCAAUGGCAGCUGUGUGGAUGAACUCAAUACUCCUUUGUGUGGCUUUGUGGUCCAGAAUGAUUUUUUCUAGUCAUAUUACUGUUUCUCAUAGCUGUAGACGAAACUCAUGUUCCUUCGUUGAAUUGAAAUUCUAUAAUCCUACAGCAAGUUACUCC